AUGUUCUAUUGUGCCGUUUCAACGCUUGUUGUGUUGCAAGUUUUCCACGUGAACGUUUUGAUGGCCCAAAUGGGCUUCGGUGGUGGAGGAUUCUGUUCGAAAUGUGCUGCGAAAAAUUCAGAAAUGAAUGAGCAUAAAUUCGGUUUCGGUGGUGGAAUAUCGAACCCGCCAUUAUUCGGCAACCCGUCAACCGACACGGCACAAUUGAGCGAAACGAAUAUUGGAGCGAUGCCUUUCACGAAUUUUCCGUCUUUCACACCGAAUGCGUUCGCAGCAAUGGGGCAACCUCAAACUCCAGAAUACGGUAUCUUCAAGUCAAUGCUUACCGUACCACCCAACAACUCUCCUAGCCAAUCACCAGUGACCUUCGACGGUUCACAUGCAUACAGUAACAGCUUUGUGCCGCAGCCAGAUUCAUCACCGUGCAUGAAUUCUGGAUGUUAUACGCUUCCAUCAGGAGUAAGUUUCUUUUCGGGAAUUUUUUCGAUGAAUUUCCAUGGAUUAAGAUGGAAAUCUAUUUGUGAGUUGAAGAAUUUCACUCAUGGUGACCAGAUUCUUUCGAUCAAAUAA